AUGCGCGCCGCCCCGGCCGCCGCCGCCCCCGGCGGCACGGACCCCCUGCGCGGCGCCCUCGGCGGCCACCCCGGCGGCCAGUGCAACCAUCAUCCGGGCUACGGCCGGCCCGGCGCGGGCGGCGGCGGCGGCGAAGGAGGAGGAGGAGGAGGAGGAGGUGGAGGAGGAGGAGGAGGAGGAGGAGGAGGAGGAGGCAACGCAGGAGGAGGAGGAGGAGGAGGAGGAGGAGCGGGAGCGGGAGCUGUGGCGGCGGCGGCCGCGGCGGCGGCAGCAGCAGCAGGAGGCGGCGGCGGCGGCUAUGGGGGCCCGUCCUCGGGGCUCGGGGCGCUGAGCUCCCCCCGGCAGCAGCGGCAGCAGCAGGGCGGCGGCGGCGGCAUGAUGAUGGGCCCCGGCGGCGGCGGGGCCGCGAGCCUCAGCAAGGCGGCCGGCGGCGCGGCGGCGGCGGGGGGCUUCCAGCGCUUCGCCGGCCAGAACCAGCACCCGUCGGGGGCCACCCCGACCCUCAACCAGCUGCUCACCUCGCCCAGCCCCAUGAUGCGGAGCUACGGCGGCGGCUACCCCGACUACAGCAGCCCCGGCGCGCCGCCGCCGGCGCAGCCCCAGCCCCCGUCCCAGGCGGCGGCGGGCGGCCCGCAGGCGGCGGGCAUGGGCUUGGGCAAGGACAUGGGCGCCCCGUACGCCGCCGCCGGCCCGGCCUGGGCGGCCGCGCAACAAAGGAGCCACCCGGCCAUGAGCCCCGGCGCCCCGGGCCCCGGCAUGGGCAGACCGCAGAUGCCGCCUCAGUAUGGACAGCAAGGUGUGAGCGGUUACUGCCAGCAGGGCCAGCAGCCAUAUUACAACCAGCAGCCGCAGCCCCCGCACCUGCCCCCGCAGGCGCAGUACCUGCCCUCCCAGUCCCAGCAGCGGUACCAGCCGCAGCAGGACAUGUCUCAGGAAGGCUAUGGAACUAGGUCUCAACCUCCUCUGGCUCCUGGGAAACCUAACCAUGAAGACUUGAACCUGAUUCAGCAAGAAAGGCCGUCAAGUUUACCAGACCUGUCGGGCUCCAUCGACGACCUCCCCACGGGAACGGAAGCAACGCUGAGCUCCGCGGUCAGUGCUUCGGGCUCCACGAGCAGCCAAGGGGACCAGAGCAACCCGGCCCAGUCGCCUUUCUCCCCGCACGCAUCCCCCCACCUCUCCGGCAUCCCCGGGGGCCCGUCGCCGUCUCCGGUGGGCUCGCCUGUAGGAAGCAACCAGUCACGGUCAGGCCCCAUCUCUCCUGCAAGUAUUCCAGGCAGCCAGAUGCCCCCCCAGCCCCCUGGGAGCCAGUCAGAAUCGAGUUCCCAUCCUGCCCUGAGCCAGUCACCAAUGCCACAGGAGAGAGGUUUCAUGGCAGGCACACAAAGGAACCCCCAGAUGUCUCAGUAUGGGCCUCAGCAGACAGGCCCGUCCAUGUCGCCGCACCCCUCUCCUGGGGGCCAGAUGCAUCCUGGGAUGAGCAGCUUUCAGCAGAGCAACUCGAGUGGUUCGUACGGUCCACAGAUGAGCCAGUAUGGACCACAAGGUAACUACUCCAGACCUCCUACGUAUAGUGGGGUGCCCAGUGCAAGCUACAGCGGCCCGGGGCCUGGUGUGGGCAUCAAUGCCAACAGCCAGAUGCACGGGCCAGGGCCAGGCCAGCCGUGCGGUGCUAUGCCGCUGGGACGAAUGCCAUCAUCCGGGAUGCAGAACAGACCGUUUCCUGGAAACAUGAGCAGCAUGACCCCCAGCUCUCCUGGCAUGGCGCAGCAGGGCGGGCCAGGAAUGGGGCCACCGAUGCCAACCGUGAACCGUAAGGCACAGGAGGCAGCCGCCGCAGUGAUGCAGGCCGCUGCCAACUCCGCACAGAGCAGGCAGGGCAGCUUCCCGGGUAUGAACCAGAGCGGCCUCAUGGCUUCCAGCUCUCCCUACAGCCAGCCCAUGAACAACAGCUCGGCGCUGAUGAACACGCAGGCAUCGGCCUACAGCAUGACGCCCAACAUGGUCAACAGCUCCACAGCAUCUAUGGGUCUUGCAGAUAUGAUGUCUCCUGGCGAGUCCAAGCUGCCCCUGCCUCUCAAAGCCGACGGGAAGGAAGAAGGCGCUCCGCAGCCCGAGAGCAAGGCGAAGGAUAGCUACAGCUCUCAGGGUAUUUCUCAACCCCCCACCCCCGGCAACCUGCCAGUCCCCUCCCCAAUGUCCCCCAGCUCUGCUAGCAUCUCCUCAUUUCAUGGAGAUGAGAGCGAUAGCAUUAGCAGCCCGGGCUGGCCCAAGACUCCAUCAAGCCCUAAGUCCAGCACCUCUACCACCACCGGGGAGAAGAUCACCAAGUUGUAUGAGCUGGGCAGCGAGCCGGAGAGGAAGCUGUGGGUGGACCGCUAUCUGACCUUCAUGGAGGAGAGGGGCUCCCCGGUCUGCAGCCUGCCCGCCGUGGGCAAGAAGCCGCUGGACCUCUUCCGGCUCUACGUCUGCGUCAAAGAGAUCGGAGGCUUGGCCCAGGUCAAUAAAAACAAGAAGUGGCGUGAGCUGGCAACCAACCUAAACGUUGGCACGUCGAGCAGCGCGGCGAGCUCCCUGAAGAAGCAGUACAUCCAGUACCUGUUCGCCUUCGAGUGCAAGAUCGAGCGCGGGGAGGAGCCGCCGCCCGAGGUCUUCAGCGCCACCGAGACCAAGAAGCAGCCCAAGCUGCAGCCGCCCUCUCCCGCUAAUUCAGGAUCCUUGCAAGGCCCACAGACCCCCCAGUCCACUGGCAGCAAUUCGAUGGCAGAGGUUCCAGGUGACCUGAAGCCACCGACUCCAGCUUCCACCCCUCAUGGACAGAUGACCCCAAUGCCAGGUGGAAGAAGCAGUACAGUCAGCGUGCACGACCCGUUCUCAGACGCGGGCGACUCAUCGUUCCCGAAACGGAACUCCAUGACUCCGAGCGCCCCGUACCAGCAGGGCAUGACCAUGCCCGACGUGAUGGGCAGGGUGCCCUACGAGCCCAACAAGGACCCCUUUGGCGGGAUGAGAAAAGUGCCUGGAGGCAGCGAGCCCUUCAUGUCGCAGGGCCCGAUGCCCACGAGCAGCAUGCAGGACAUGUACAGCCAGAGUCCCUCCGGCACCAUGUCUGGCCUGGGCAUGGGGCAGCGGCAGCAGUUCCCCUACGGAGCCACCUACGACCGGAGGCAUGAACCCUACGGGCAGCAGUACCCGGGCCAAGGCCCACCCUCAGGACAGCCGCCGUACGGAGGACACCAGCCGGGCCUGUACCCGCAGCAGCCGAACUACAAGCGGCACAUGGACGGCAUGUACGGCCCCCCCGCCAAGCGCCACGAGGGCGACCUGUACGGCGUGCAGUACGGCGGCCAGCAGCCCGAUGUGUACAACCAGUACGGCGGCUCCUACUCCGGGCCCGAGCGCCGGCCCCUGCAGGGCCAGUACGCCUACCCGUACGGCCGCGAGCGGGUGCAGGGCCCCGGCCAGAUGCCGCCGCACGGCCUCCCCCCGCAGAUGCUGGGCGGCCCCCUGCAGCCGGCCUCCGGGGACGGCCCGCAGCAGGGCCUGUGGGCGGCGCGCAACGACAUGCCUUACCCCUACCAGGCCCGCCAGGGCCCCGGCGGCCCCGCCCAGGCACCCCCCUACCCGGGCAUGAGCCGCACGGAUGACAUGAUGGUCCCCGACCAGAGGAUAAACCACGAGAGCCAGUGGCCCUCCCACGUGGGCCAGCGCCAGCCUUACCUGUCCUCGUCGGCCUCCAUGCAGCCCAUCACGCGCCCGCCCCAGCCGGCCUACCAGCCGCCGCCGUCCCUGCCCAACCACAUCUCCCGCGCGCCCAGCCCCGCCGCCUUCCCGCGCGCCCUGGAGAGCCGCAUGUCCCCCAGCAAGUCCCCCUUCCUGCCCGCCAUGAAGAUGCAGAAGGUCCUGCCCACCGGCCCCGCGCCCCAGGCCACGGGGCCGCCCCCCCAGCCGCCCCCGAUCCGCAGGGAGAUCACCUUCCCGCCCGGCUCCGUGGAAGCGUCCCAGCCAGUCCUGAAGCAGAGGCGGAAGAUCACCUCCAAGGACAUCGUCACCCCGGAGGCGUGGCGUGUGAUGAUGUCCCUGAAGUCAGGGCUCUUGGCUGAGAGCACCUGGGCUUUGGACACUAUAAACAUCCUCCUGUACGAUGACAGCACUGUGGCCACGUUCAACCUCUCCCAGUUGUCCGGCUUUCUGGAACUGUUAGUCGAGUACUUCAGGAAAUGCCUAAUCGACAUUUUUGGAAUUCUCAUGGAAUACGAAGUGGGAGACCCCAGCCAAAAAGCACUUGACCACAGCGCAGUGAAGAAAGAUGAGGCCUGGGCCGACGAGUGUGGGGGAGAGGAGGAAGCUGCGGAAUGCGUGGCGGAGGACGAGGAGGAGGAGGAGGACGAGGAGGCCGAGGACGAAGACGGUGCCAAGGCCGAGGCGGGGGCCGAGGAGAAGGGCGGCGCGGCCCUGAGCCCCUCGGACGCUGUGGCCGAGCCGAAGGAGAAGCCCCAGCAGGCCAGCAGGUUCGACAAGCUGCCCAUCAAGAUCGUCAAGAAGAACAACCUGUUCGUGGUGGACCGCUCGGGCCGGCUGGGCCGCGUGCAGGAGUUCAGCAGCGGGCUCCUGCACUGGCAGCUGGGCGGCGGGGACACCACGGAGCACAUCCAGACGCACUUCGAGAGCAAGAUGGAGAUCCCGCCGCGCCGGCGGCCCGCCCCGGCCCCCGCCCCCGCCCCCGGCGCCGCGGGGCCCCGGCCUGAGCCCGAGGGCCAGGCCGCGCCGGAGGAGCAGCCCGAGAAGAGCAUCAUCGCCACCAUCGACGACGUCCUGUCGGCGCGGCCGGGCGCGCUGCCCGAGGACGCCCACCCCGGGGCGCCGCCGGACAAGUUCCCGUUCGGCAUCCACCAGGCGCGGAGCCACCGCAACAUCCGGCUGCUGGAGGACGAGCCGCGCAGCCGCGACGAGGCGCCGCUCUGCACCGUGGCGCACUGGCAGGACUCGCUGGCCAAGCGCUGCAUCUGCGUGUCCAACAUCGUGCGCAGCCUGUCCUUCGUGCCGGGCAACGACGCCGAGAUGUCCAAGCACCCGGGCCUGGUGCUCAUCCUGGGCAAGCUCAUCCUGCUGCACCACGAGCACCCCGAGCGCAAGCGGGCGCCGCAGACCUACGAGAAGGAGGAGGACGAGGACAAGGGGGUGGCCUGCAGCGAGGACGAGUGGUGGUGGGACUGCCUCGAGGUCUUGCGGGACAACACGCUGGUCACGCUGGCCAACAUCUCCGGGCAGCUGGACCUGUCUGCGUACACGGAGAGCAUCUGCCUGCCCAUCCUGGACGGCCUGCUGCACUGGAUGGUGUGCCCCUCCGCCGAGGCGCAGGACCCCUUCCCCACCGUGGGGCCCAGCUCCGUGCUGUCGCCGCAGAGACUCGUGCUGGAGGCGCUGUGCAAGCUCAGCAUCCAGGACAAUAACGUGGACCUGAUCCUGGCCACGCCGCCCUUCAGCCGGCAGGAGAAGUUCUACGCGACGCUAGUGAGGUACGUGGGCGACCGCAAAAACCCGGUCUGCCGGGAGAUGUCCAUGGCGCUCCUGUCGAACCUGGCCCAGGGGGACACGCUGGCCGCGCGGGCCAUCGCCGUGCAGAAGGGGAGCAUCGGGAACCUGAUCAGCUUCCUGGAGGACGGCGUGACCAUGGCGCAGUACCAGCAGAGCCAGCACAGCCUCCUGCACAUGCAGCCGCCGCCGCUCGAGCCGCCCAGCGUGGACAUGAUGUGCCGCGCGGCCAAGGCGCUGCUGGCCAUGGCCCGCGUGGACGAGAACCGCUCCGAGUUCCUGCUGCACGAGGGCCGGCUGCUGGACAUCUCCAUCUCGGCCGUGCUGAACUCGCUGGUGGCGUCCGUCGUCUGUGACGUCCUCUUCCAGAUCGGGCAGUUAUGA